ACUCACUCACUCAUCUAUACCUUCUUCUUCCAACCAACCUUAAAUUAAAAAACCUCUCUCAAAUCAAAUCAAUUCCAUGGCAUCCAUAGCAACAACCUUUGUAUCCAAGACAUCUUUCAUCGACCAAUCAUCAUUCCAUGGCGCCCCAGUACUUUCAUCUCAUCCCAAACGGAUCACUUCCGUCAAAUCAAACAAGAAGCAGAUCACCAUGUCUGCCGCCACACCUAAUUAUGAUCUAGGAUCAUUCACGUUUGCACCCAUCAAAGAAGCCAUCGUGUCGCGUGAAAUGACCAGAAGAUACAUGACCGAUAUGAUCACGUAUGCUGACACCGAUGUUGUUGUUGUUGGGGCUGGCUCUGCUGGUCUUUCUUGUGCUUAUGAGCUUAGCAAAAACCCCAACGUUCAGGUAGCCAUCAUUGAGCAAUCUGUGAGCCCUGGUGGUGGAGCAUGGCUGGGUGGACAAUUGUUCUCAGCCAUGGUUGUCCGCAAGCCAGCACACCACUUCCUAGACGAGCUCGAGAUCGAGUACGACGAGCAAGAGGACUACGUGGUAAUCAAGCACGCCGCUCUGUUCACCUCCACCAUCAUGAGCAAGCUUUUGGCCAAGCCAAAUGUGAAGCUCUUCAACGCGGUCGCUGCUGAAGACUUGAUAAUCAAGGGAGGAAGAGUAGGUGGUGUUGUGACCAACUGGGCUUUGGUGGCAAUGAACCACGACACACAAUCGUGUAUGGACCCAAAUGUGAUGGAGUCUAAGGUGGUUGUGAGCUCUUGUGGCCAUGAUGGUCCCAUGGGUGCCACUGGAGUCAAACGACUUCGGAGCGUUGGGAUGAUUGAGAGUGUUCCUGGUAUGAAAGCUCUUGACAUGAACACUGCUGAAGAUGAAAUUGUCAAGAUGACUCGAGAGGUUGUUCCUGGUAUGAUUGUUACCGGAAUGGAAGUUGCUGAGAUUGAUGGAUCUCCAAGAAUGGGGCCAACGUUUGGGGCAAUGAUGAUCUCAGGGCAGAAGGCUGCUCAUCUGGCUUUGAAGUCGUUGGGACUUCCUAAUGCAUUGGAUGGGACCCUUGUGGGCAGCAUGCACCCAGAGCUGAUCCUUGCUGCUGCCGACUCUUCCGAGACCGUUGAUGCCUGAAUCAAGUAAAUAUCUAGGAACAAGUACGGGGUUCGUGAUUGAAUAAAUAAGAGUAAGGAACAAACGAGCCUUGUCAAACGAGCCUUGUGAAUUGUUAUUAGCUUUUGGUUGUUUCAUUGUUAGUAUGUCAGUGAAAAACUUUGGAGUUUGUGUUUUUCAAUGGAAGAAGGUUCUAUUUGCUUUAA